AUGAGUCCAGAGCGUCUGCUCUCGUUGUACACCCUGUUGUUAGAAUGUGCCGACUUGAACAAGCGAUUUUCGCCGGCGAAGCCGACUUCUUUGGAGAUUUGGAAUUUCGAGUACGAUAGUGCUAAAGAAAAGUUGAUCUUGAACAAAAUGGGUAGUGAAAAGAAGCUAAUGUGAGUUGUUCAGCCUUGUAUAGAUUCGCUUGGUUUAAUUCUAUGCGGUUUCUUUUUUAAAUUUGAAAUCUGCUUCUUGUUCUAGCCCGGAAGAAAAAUUUGAAAUCAAAGGGGCCUCCAAGGUGAAGAUUGGACUGUUUGAAAGUGGAAACGAUGUCGUUUGGGGUGGAACAGUUACAAUAGGCAAUGAGUAAGAAUCUAAAAAUUUACCUUUGACCUUUUUGACAAUGAAUUAUAAUCAAUUUUUAGUAAUUAUUUUACGUUGACGACUGGUCCUACGGAAACUCGGAUGUAUGCAGAUUCAGCCCUCUAUUUACUCUGGAGUCACGACAGGGCUCUUCAAUUGGCCUGUAAAACCAACAUGUUUACCCAUUUUCUGUCACUUAUCGGGGUUGCGCAGGAGGCCGUAACACAAGAUUUUUUAAAAUGUGAGGAUUCCGUGGCAAUCCGAGAGGAUCAGGGGAGAUUACUGUACAAAGCGGGAAGAAAUUGCAGAGUUGUGAAUAUUUCUAAUCCGAUCAAAUGGGAAAUGACCACUAAAGAAUGCGAUGAUGCUGCUGAAUCGAAAUUUGAUCUGCAGGCUGAUGGACAUACGACGUUUUAUUCAUUGGUAAAUCUUUGUGGAAUUUUGGUCAGAAAUGGGAAAUUUUCGGGAUUUUUUUUGGAAAGUUUUAACAUGUAAAUUCCGGGGUCUGUUGAAAGAAUUUAAAUACAGGGUACUACUGAAUGUCUUACUUAGCCAAAGACACUGAUAUUCCGAGAAACUCAAUUGAAAAUCAUUACAAAAAUUUUCUAAUAAGUUUCACCGAUAUCGGGCUCUAAAUUUUGGAAUGAAAAUAUCAAGGGCCAGUACGGGAGCCUCCGUGAACUCGGGCCUGUCAUAUUUGGUGGACAAAAAAUGGGGCACCUCAGCUUCAAUUUGAUAUAAAUUUUAUAGAAAUUGGUGCAUUAUUGGCGGAGAAAUAUUCGAAGUAAGGGGAAGCUUCGGCUGAACCACCCUGUAUAAAUUUUUGAAGUGAAUUUUUAACCAACUAAAGUAAUCAUUUUCCAGACCUAUCUACAGCUCACCACGACCUGCCAAAUUGAUACAGAUGGGAUCGAUCUGGACAACACUCAUAUAAAGUUUUUCAAUUCCGCUUCGGAGGCAAAUAAUACGUAAGCAAAAUAAUACUUCUUUGACAUGAACUUGAUUUUAGCCUUACAACAACUGCAAGUGCCCCCUUACUCGAUGGUUGGAUGGUCUAUGCACUUGGUAUAUCUAACGGACUCCUUUUGCUGAUCGUUGUCGUGGUUGUUGUGGUCGUACUCAUCAGGAAAAAUAAAUGUGUGAGUGAUUUUAAUUUUUGAAUUUUUUUGGUUGUUGUCUCGUUAUAAAAUUUUGAUUUUUUUCAAUGCUGGCAAAAGAAGCCUCCUCCGAAGCCGACCCUCCUGCAAAAACCCAAAUUCGGCAGUUCCACCGAGACAGACUCCCUUCAGAAAUUAGGAUCGGCGGCAGCUUCGGAAACCUCCAAAGGUAGCGCCGAAAAAGUUGGCAAAAAGAAAAAUAAAAAUGAGAAACAAAAAGGAGCCGGGAAGUUGAAAAAGGGCUCUAAAGACAAGGAAAAGGACAAAAAGAAGAAGGAAAAGCCCGAGGAAUCGAAGGCCAAGGAAAAGAAUGCCGAAGAGAAAAAGGAGAAGAACCCCAAAUCGGCGGAGAAGAGUACAAAAACCGAGGAAACGAGCAAGGAAAUGGUCACGCAAGUGAUGAGAAAACACGGAAACAAGAUGAAAUUAGGGCCAAAUGCAACAAAGGAGGAGAGGGAAUCGUUCUUGGCCAUGUCCGCCAGAGUCGAGAAGAUCAUGGAUGAAGCGCCUGGGGUAAGAAAGAGAAUUAUUUUUUGGGGUUGAAGUGAUGGAUAAUAUAGAAAAAAAAGAUUUUUUUUUUGACCUGUUGAGUAUCUUAUUCUUUCUAUCUUGAUAGUUUGAAGCUCCAAUUUUGACUUAUAUAUUUUGACUCCAGAAACCCCGGGUAUUCAGCAUUUCGGACGGUCGAAAAUACAAAAUCACCACCUGGCAUCACCUUCCUCACGCCUAUACGGGAACUUUGAUCUUUGAAUGCGUGAAUGUGAGUGAUCUUAUGGACACGAAAUGCCUGAAAGUCCAUGAAAAUGCAGCUCAUAGAGAUCGAGAGCUGGAAAUGUUGAUGUUGGAUACGAAUGAGGAACCGAGAAGGCAAGAUUUUGACACAUUGGGUACCUCAUCUGAAAGAUUAAUUUUUUAUGUAACAAAAAAAUUUUUCAGAGUUUUCCCUCGAGUCAUUGAAAAAGUUGACAUGAAUGAACUUGGAUGGGGAAUCUUGAUGGAAAUGCUCGGAGACAAAACUAGCUCUUUGUUCCGCCGAAUCCGAAAAGAAGGCAACUUCCAAGGCGGAUUUAUGUACAUGAAACACAUGGCCGAAGCCCUGGAAAGAGUCCAUGCACUCGAGUUAGUCCAUAACAAUGUCAAACCAAACCAUUUUGUAUUCGAUCUCAAAAAAGAGAAGGUAAGAUGAGUUUGAAAAAAAAAAUUUUUUUGGUAUUACGGUAUUUUUUUAUUGAAACUUUUUUUUAUUACGGUAUUUUUUAUUAAAAAAAAAUUUUUUUUGUGAUUUUUUAAAUUUCACCCAUUUUUUUGCAGUUCAUGAUGGUCGACCCGCGCUUUGCGCACGACCUCAAAGACCCCGGGCAACACCGUCCAAUCGAGGAUUACGACGCGAAAAAUUUGGAAUUUGUCAGCCGAAGAGCCAUGAGCCAUCGCCCAACCCAAAUCAUCGACGAUUAUGAAUCGAUUUGUCUAAUUUUUGUGGCCAUGCUGUUCAAAACAACGUUUGCGGAAAAGGGCGAUGCGAAUGCGAGCGAAAAGAAGAAGGAGGACUUUUUGGGUGGAGGGUAUGCAAGUAAAUUGAAGGGGAAUGGACUGAUCAAUUUGUUCGAAUUUCUGGAACAAUGUGAACGGAAGAUUCGACAAGGGGAUGAGCAGGCUUUCACACAUGAAAAGUUCAGAGAGCACCUGAGAAUGGUAGGAAUUUUGAGGGGUUUUUGGGGAGGUUCGAGGGGAAGGAAGGCCGAAAGAUUUUAAAUUUUUUGUGCUCAUAUUUGAAUGAAACUUGGCCAAAAUUUUGAGUAAAAUUUUUUGAGAAGAUAUAAGGGGCUUUUAGCUUGUUUAUUGCAGGUAUUAUCACGAUUUUAAGGUCGAAAAAUGCCAAAAAUUUGAUUAUUUUUAAAAAUUUUUCAGUCCAGCGAAAAAAAAUCAAAAUUUCGAUGAUUUUUGGGCCAAAAAAUCUCAGCAAGAUGCAAGCUAAAAACAUCGCAUUUUUUGCUUACAAAAGUGUAAUCAAACUUUGAACCAAGUUAUAUCAAAAUUUUCAUGAACACAUGCGUCUUGGCCAUCAAAAUUUCAAAAUUAAUUUCGAAUCUGAUUGUCCCAUUUAGGCCGCUAUGGAGCACAAUAUUGAUCUUGGAGCAGCCAUCAAGUACGAAGCCAACGACACCAAAGAUGAGGGGCCGGGCUAUGGAGGACCGGAUGAUGAUGAUAUUGGAGAUGGCGCCGAGUACAAUGAGAUGAUCAAUUUGGUGGACAAAAAGUCCUCACUCUCGGAAGAGGAACCCUUUAGUUAG